AUGGCGGAUCCAACUACAGGCGCCAGUGCUAGCUCUGAGCCAAAGCUUGAGCCAAAGUUGACGGAAAUGGCUACGCAUCCUAUCGGUACCGGAGAGGGGACUGAGAAGAAGGAGACGGAGGAUCCGAAGAAGGAGGGUGAGGAUACUACUACUGUUACUGAGAAGGCCACUGGUGCUGCUUCAACCGCCGCUGCGACUGUUACCUCUGCUGCUGUUGGCGUGAAGGACAAUGUUUUCGCAAUGUUCGGUGGUGGUGCUAAGAAGGAGAAGACUGAGGAUGAGGACCGUGGUGAUAACUCUGGAUCUGCUAAGGCUCAGAAGGAGGCUGCUGCGGCAGAAAACCCAGAGGAUGAGGCACCAGAGUCGGAAGAUGUUCACUUCGAGCCAGUCAUUAGACUUACCGAGAAAGUCGACGUCAAGACCAAUGAGGAACUCGAGGAGCAGAUGUUCAAGAUGCGCGCCAAAUUGUUCAAGUUCGAUAAUAGCAACAAGGAGUGGAAAGAGCGUGGAACUGGUGAUGUCAGACUCCUAAAGCACAAGGAGAACCAGAAGACCAGAUUGGUUAUGCGAAGAGACAAGACUUUGAAAGUCUGCGCGAACCACUACAUUGUUCCGGAAAUGAAGCUAUCUCCUAACGUCGGAUCGGACCGCAGCUGGGUUUGGACAGCGGCCGCAGAUGUCAGCGAGGGAGAGCCAGAGGCACAAACUCUUGCUAUUCGAUUUGCCAACUCUGAGAACGCCAACCUAUUCAAGGAGGCAUUUAUCAAGGCCCAACAAGACAACGAGGCUCUUUUCGCCAAGUCCUAA